AGGCUGGAAGGUUUCCGCCGCCGCACACAAAGCUUCAUAGGAUCUGUUCCGGUGUUUAUUCGGUGUUGACACUUAAUGCGAGUCAGUUAUUUAAGCACAAUGCUGCAGUUCCAGGAUGGCCUCCUGCGCGCAGAGCAGAGGCGCAGGUGACUCGGUUACCUGGCGGCGCUGAAAGUGUCUUUGUUCGGAAAAUCAGGCUCCACUUCAAAGGCUUGAGGCUUGUUGGUAGUAACCCUAAGCUGAAACAGGGCCUUAAAGCAGGGUGGAGGUAGCAGGCAGGAGCUGGAACUUGUCACAUUAUACUCAGGACCAGAGCGGGACAAGGGCACCUGAAUGCAGACUGUGAGAGAGGGUAGAAGACUCUGAGUGAGACUAGACCAAACACAGGGAACAAGGACGCCGGGGCAGCAGCCGCAAGCACAGCAGAGGCCAACGUAGGACUUGCGUUGAUUCCUCCACCUCCCCAGAGGCAGCGGGAUCACAGCUUUCCGUCACCAGACACUGUGGACAGUUUUCCAACUUCUUUGUAACAGGAUCUGUUUAAAUAAAGAGACAGCACAAUGGAUGAGGAUGCGCUCGUGGACUAUGAGUAUCCCGAUCUGGAUCCACUGCCAUCCAAAAUUGAAACAGAAACUAUCCCUCCAUGUGACCCCACUGCAGAUGACAUGCUCUAUCACAUAUGCAUCACUGUGAUAUCUCUGGUCAUCAUGCUAAUUCUAGCCAUCCUGGCUGGGCGUACAAAGGUCGGUAAGAGACAAAAAGGACUUCCAGGUUUACUCAGUCCAGUCAACUUCCUGGAUCAUACGCAGCACAAGGGUCUGGCAGUGGCAGUGUUUGGAGUGCUGUUGUGCAAACUCUGGGGGCUCCUCAUAUCCCCCAAUCCCUUACCUUUCACCAAAGAUUCCACACACAAACAGAACUGGGUGAUUCUGGGAGUCUUCUACUACCCCGCUCUAUACUACCCUCUCCUGGCAUGUGGCACUUUACAUAAUAAAGUUGGAUACGUACUCGGUAGCCUCUUAUCAUGGACACACUUUGGUGUUCUGGUGUGGCAAAAAGUCGACUGCCCCAAGACACCCCUGAUACACAAGCACUACUCCUUGUUUUCCAGCCUGCCUCAGAUAGCUUGCUUAGCAUUCCUCAGUUUCCAGUAUCCUCUGCUUCUAUUCAAGGGCUUCAAGGGUUCAGAAAGGACCAAUGCCACAGAGGAUCUUAGUAGCAGCUAUUAUAGAGACUAUGUGAAGGCAAUUCUUUAUGAGAAGACGUCCAGCAAAGUCAGCACAUCAAGCACAGACAAACCAAAACUCCCACAGAGAGUGACUGAUGCUGUGAGAUCUUAUAUUUACACUCCAGAGGAAGCAGCUUUCCGUUUCCCAUUGAAGUUGGCAAUAUCUUGUGUUGUCUCUUUCAUAACUCUGUAUCAGAUGGGACUUGUAUUGAUCUCUGCUGUGGUGCCAACAAUGCAGAAAGCCCGGUUUGGCGUCGAUGAAGAUAUUGCAAAUGUUUUAGCUGGCUUCCAGAUUAUCCUGUCUCCAGACAAAAAGGAAGUCGUCAGAAUCGUUGUUUACUACAUGUGGUGUGUGGAAGUGUGCUACAUCUCUGCGAUGACUCUGUCUGGUCUGGUCAACUUGGUGCUGCUCAUGCGGUCGAUGGUUUUGCAUCGGUCCAAUCUAAAGGGGCUGUACAGAGGAGAUAUUUAUAAUGUCUACAACUGCCAGCGAAGCAUCAGGGCAUCCAGGCCAGCUCUGGUCUGCUGGAUGGGCUACACCAGCUUCACAGCAGCUCACAUCUGUAUUGGCAUGAUCAUCCAGACGUUGGUGUUCUUCCUCUGCCUUAUGGUCGCUGUCUUCCUCAUAAUCAUACCCAUUUUGCACAGGCAGAAUCUGAUUCUCUUUCAGAUUGCAUUGAGCAUGUGGCCUUUCUGGUUGAUGAUUCUCCUAGCUGUGGUGCUUCAACACAUCACUGCCAGGUUUUGCUUCAUCAAAAAAACAGCAGGAACUCGAGACCUAACCAACAGGGGUAAUCUGUUCCUGCUGACAUAUCUGCUGUUUCCCGUCAAUGUUUUGAUUGGAGUGUUGCUUGCUAUCUGGCGCAUGAUCAUCACAGCCCUGUUCAAUAUAGUGCACAUGGGACGCAUGGAUAUCAGUCUUCUUAACCGCAACGUGGAAGCAUUUGACCCAGCCUACCGCUGCUAUGCUCAUUAUCUGAAGAUUGAGGUGAGCCAGUCCCACCCUGUGAUGAAGGCCUUCUGUGGGAUACUGCUGCAGUCCUUGGACCAGGAGAGUAAAGCUGCACAGAAAUCGCGGGAUGCUGAAGAGGGGAUCCAACUGGUGCAGAAGGAGAAAAAGCUGCACAAAGUCUCCAGCACCAAGCGGGCUCGGAUGCACUGGCAACUCCUGUACACUCUGGUUAACAACCCCUCCCUGGUGGGCACCAGAAAGCACUUCCAGCAUCAGACGCCAGAUAACUUUCUAAAUGGAAGCCUCAACCGGAACAGCAAGCAGGGUAGCAAAAAGGAAGCAAUACCCAAAGAGGUGGAGGGAGCAGCAGCAGCAGUCAGCAAUUGAACCAAUGUUUAACCCUCAUAAUGUAUUGGCUUCAGAAGCUGCAAUAAUUUAUGAGAUUUCUCCAAACCUGCAAUAGAUGCCUGCAACUUGUAUUAUACAGUGUCUUGUAUAAGAAUUCCUGUCCCUGGAAUAGCGUCAGGUUUACACAUUUUAAUCACAAACCUCUGAGGAUCUUAUUGGGGUUUAUGUGACAGCACAUAACAUAAAGUAGUAAAUAUUUCUGAAAUGCAAUGAAUAAGAUGCAUGGUCUUUCAUAGUUAUGAUAAAUAAAACCUUUAACAUUUGACAUGCAUUUGUUGUCAGCCCAUUUAAGACUGGUAUCGCGAAAUAAAAUGCAGUACAAUGAGUCGGCUUCAGAGGUCACACAAUUAUUCCAAUUUUAUGUAAUUAACUUAAAUACAAUUGUGGAAAAGUUAAAAUCAGAGUUGGGUUAUAAAGUGAUGUAUCACGUUUGGAACAUCUCGUAUCUCACUUUUAAGCCCAUCUCCAAAUGAAAGACCACUGUACUUCUGGAGAAGCUGUGGAGAGCAAGAUUUUGUUUUUCAGGACAACUAAAGUAAUGGAGUGCACUUUACAAAAUCUGGCCUUUGUAAAACAGUCAUGCCCAACAGUCUAUGAGGAGGACACAACAAAGAAGGUUCUCUGGACAAACAGGAAAAUAUUAGAACUCUUCAGCCUGCAUGUAAAAUAGUGUAAAAUGUGUGGUGGUAAACUUAACACUGCACAUCAUCCUGAACAAAAAGUCCUCACAGUAACACCAUGGUGAGGAUAGUUUCCUUCAGUAGGAACACUUAAGCAGGCCAGAUAUGACUAGAAGUUGGAAUGAACUAAAUACAGGACAGUCCUGGAACAUAAGACUUUAGUCUGGGACAUGGCUCCACUCCCCCCUUCAUCAGAAGAACAUCAAUAAAAUUACAGCAAUCGGUGCCAGAGGUAUGGUUCGUAAACGUGAGCUAAAGUCCAAGUCCAUACAAAAAUCCAUGAAUUAUCCAUUUCUAAGAUUAUGCAUUGCUUUUUAUUGAUCUAUCACAAAAAUCCCCAAUGAGGCAAGAUGUCCACAGACUAUAAAUAGUGUUUUGAAAUAUUUAUCAAGUCUGUGAAAGAUUUGAUCAUGUGACUGGAGCAUUUUUGCUCAGUCUGAUCCAAAAGCUUGCCUGACUGGUUUUUCCUACAAAUGCAUUAAAUGUAAUUUGCAAUAAAUGAAUGUGUUCACCUUGGGUUAGACCUUAGCUUCACUAGAGUUUGAAACCUCUAAAAUAAUCAUGUUUUCUUUUGUGAAAUGCUGAACUUACAAAUGUUUAGUUCCCCACACUGAACACAGGACUACGUCCAAUAAACCAUCUUUCAACAGAAGGUAUGUAUAUAGAGAUAGAGAAUAUUGACAGAACUAUUUAUAAAAAAAAUGUGUUUUUUCUUUUUUAAUUAUCAUUAAUCUGUGGAAUAGGAGCUGCCAUAGAAAUCGUGUCUUGUCCCUUUUAGUCCAAAACCACUUGCUGCUAAAAGCCCUUUCUAUUGUUGUCACAGCUCUAUUGUGGUUUCCAUUGUCUAAACAUGCUUCCCUUUUCUGAUUAAUGUGAAAAUAAAACUUAAACAAGUCAUUUGAAUUUA